AUGAGGCGCGGCCGGUGGGCCGCCCCGGCCCUGGAGCUGCUGUUCCUCUGCCUGGCCCAGGCCAACUUUGCCCCCUACUUCUUCGACAACGGGGUCGGCAGCACCAACGGAAACAUGGCUCUGUUCAGCCUUCCAGAGGACACUCCCGUAGGCUCUCAUGUGUACACCCUGAAUGGGACAGACCCGGAGGGAGACCGUGUCUCCUACCACAUCAGCUUCGACCCCAGUGCUAGGAGCGUCUUCUCUGUUGACCCCAAUUUUGGAAACAUCACUCUGAUUGAAGAGCUGGACAGAGAGAGGGAAGAUGAGAUUGAAGCCAUCAUCAGCAUUUCUGACGGCCUGAAUCUGGUGGCAGAGAAAGUCGUGAUCCUGGUGACGGAUGCCAAUGACGAGGCGCCCAGGUUCACCAAGGAGCCCUACGUCGUCCAGGUCCCUGAGGACACGCCUGCCGGGAGCAGCAUCUUGAAGGUCCAUGCGGUGGACAAGGACACAGGGUCUGGAGGGAGCGUCACCUACUUCCUGCAGAACACACAUGCCACCAAAUUUGCCGUGGACCGGCACAGCGGUGUGCUGCGCCUCCAGGCUGGGGCCACCCUGGACUACGAGAAGGCCCGGGCCCAUUUCGUCACCGUGGUUGCCAAGGACGGCGGGGGCAGGCUGCGAGGGGCUGACGUGGUGUUCUCGGCCACCACCACGGUCACAGUCAAUGUGGAGGACGUGCAGGACAUGGCCCCCGUCUUUGUGGGCACACCCUACUACGGCUAUGUGUACGAGGACACGCUCCCGGGCUCGGAGGUCCUGACGGUGGUCGCCAUAGACGGAGAUCGGGGCAGACCCAACCGCCUGAUCUACAGCCUCGUGAAUGGGAGUGAUGGAGCCUUUGAAAUUAAUGAGACGUCUGGAGUCAUCUUUGUCACGCAGAGCCCCGCCCAGCUCCGGAGAGAGGUGUACGAGCUGCAUGUACAGGUGACUGAGGUCAGCUUGGCAGGGAGCCCAGCUGCCCAGGCCAUGGUCUCGGUCACCGUCAGGAUCGUGGACCUCAACAACCACCCGCCGACCUUCUACGGAGAGAAUGGACCCCAGAACAGAUUUGAACUGUCUAUGUAUGAGCAUCCGCCGCAGGGGGAGAUCCUGCGGGGCCUCAAGAUCACUGUCAAUGACUCGGACCAGGGAGCCAAUGCCAAAUUCAACCUGCGGCUAGUGGGCCCCGGGGGCAUCUUCCGCGUGGUCCCACAGACAGUCCUGAACGAAGCCCAGGUCACCAUCAUUGUGGAGAACUCGGCCGCCAUCGACUUUGAGAAGUCCAAAGUGCUAACCUUCAAGCUCCUGGCCAUUGAGGUGAACACCCCGGAGAAGUUCAGCUCCACGGCGGAUGUGGUGAUCCAGCUCCUGGACACCAACGACAACGUCCCCAAGUUCACCUCCCACUACUACAUCGCGAGGAUCCCUGAGAAUGCCCCCGGGGGCUCCAACGUGGUGGCCGUCACAGCAGUGGAUCCAGACACAGGCCCCUGGGGUGAAGUCAAAUACGCCAUCUAUGGGUCAGGGGCAGACCUCUUCCUGAUCCACCCAUCCACUGGGAUCAUCUACACCCAGCCCUGGGCCAGCCUGGAUGCUGAGGCCACCGCCAGGUACAACUUCUACGUGAAGGCAGAGGACAUGGAGGGCAGGUCCAGCCUGGCCGAGGUGUUCGUCACUCUGCUGGAUGUCAACGACCACUACCCCCAGUUUGGAAAGAACUUCCAGGAGAAGACGAUGGUGCUGGGGACCCCGGUGAAAAUUGAGGCCACAGACCAGGACGCAGAGGAGCCCAACAACCUGGUGGACUAUUCCAUCACUCACGUGGAGCCGGUCAACGUGUUCGACAUUGAUGCGCACACGGGAGAGAUCUGGCUCAAGAACUCCAUCCGCUCCCUGGACGCCCUGCACAACAUCACGCCCAACGGGGACUGCACAUGGUCCCUGGAGGUGCAGGCCAAGGACCGCGGCUCCCCCUCCUUCAGCACCACGGCCUUACUCAAGAUUGACAUCACGGACACAGAGACGCUGUCCCGAAGCCCUAUGGCCGCCUUCCUCAUGCAGACCAAAGACAACCCCAUGAAGGCCGUGGGCGUGCUGGCCGGCAUCAUGGCUGUCAUCGUGGCCAUCACCGUCUUCAUCUCCACUGCCACCUUCUGGCGCAACAAGAAGUCCAACAAGGUCCUGCCAGUACGGCGCGUGCUCCGCAAGCGGCCCAGCCCUGCGCCCCGCAGCGUCCGCAUCGAGUGGCUCAAGUUCAGGAGGACCAAGACCGCGGCCAAGUUCGCGCUCAAAGAGGAUGCUCCCAAUGAGAACUGCAACAACAACAGCCUAGGGAGCUCCCUGCCCCCGGAGGCCCCAGCUCCCCCUCCACCCCCCAGCAUUGCGCCCAGCACGGGUGCGGCCCACUGGACCGUGCCUACCGUCUCUGGCUCGCUCACUCCUCAGCAACCCCGACGGUCACCAAAACCCCAGGCUGCGGGAAGCCCCAGCCAGUCAGCUCUGGUCUCUGAGCUCAGGCAGAAGUUUGAGAAGAAGAAUAUAGAUAAAAAGACUUACUUCUAG